GGGUAUUUGCAGUUUCUCCAGACACAGAGAGAAGAGAAGAGAGGUCCCGGGCACGUAACUAUACAAACCUGGAUAUUCAGGCGAAUAAAUGCCACCAAGUAUGACCAAGAGCUCGGCGAAUAAACUGACAAAUGGAGAUGUUUUCCACCGGACAUCCAACGGUAAGACAUCAUCGAGAAGGAACGGAUUCGUGAAGAAUAAUUGCUUGUUCCAACAACCGCAACAGAAGAAUCGGCGCCCGAGUGAGAACAACCAUGUUGUUCGUAAGGCCAGCCUGUACAACAAAGCGUUUGUGGAGCAGUUUGAGGAGACUCCUCUGCUUGUGGCGGUUCUCACAUACAUGGGCUAUGGGAUCCUCACCAUCUUCGGGUACCUGCGGGACUUCCUCCGGCACUGGGGCAUGGAGAAGUGCCAUGUAGCCAGAGAAAGGGAAGAGCAGAAGGACUUUGUUCCACUGUACCAGGACUUUGAGAACUUCUACACCCGGAAUCUAUACAUGCGUAUCCGUGACAACUGGAACAGGCCGAUCUGCAGUGUUCCAGGAGCCAAGAUGGACCUGUUGGAGAGGGCCUCCAAAGACUACAACUGGACCUUCCAACACACAGGCAAGCUGGUGAAAGACGUGAUCAACAUGGGUUCAUAUAACUACCUGGGCUUUGCUGAGAACACUGGGAGGUGUGCCGACGCUGCCACAGAGUCCACCCACCACUAUGGCGUUGGAGUGGGUAGCACCCGCUAUGAGAUGGGUAACCUGGACAUCCAUGAGGAGUUGGAACAGCUGGUUGCUAGGUUCCUGGGGGUGGAGUCAUCUAUGGCCUUUGGGAUGGGCUUCGCUACCAACUCCAUGAACAUUCCGGCUCUGGCUGGAAAGGGCUGUUUGAUCCUGAGUGAUGAGUUAAACCAUGCCUCUCUGGUGCUGGGCGCUCGGCUGUCUGGAUCCAUCAUCAGAGUCUUCAAGCACAACAAUAUGGUGAGUCUAGAGAAGCUGUUGAGAGACGCCAUCGUCCACGGCCAGCCCAGAACACGCAGGCCCUGGAAGAAGAUCCUCAUACUGGUCGAAGGAAUAUACAGUAUGGAGGGAUCCAUCGUGCGUCUGCCUGAGGUGAUAGCCCUGAAGAAGCGCUACAAGGCCUUUCUCUACCUGGAUGAGGCCCACAGCAUCGGGGCACUAGGACCUCGUGGUGGAGGGGUGGUCGACUACUUUGCUCUGGACCCCAAAGAUGUUGACAUCAUGAUGGGAACGUUCACUAAGAGCUUUGGUGCUGCUGGAGGGUAUAUCGGAGGAAAGAAGGAGUUGAUAGACUACCUGCGGUCCCACUCCCACAGUGCUAUCUACGCCACCUCCAUGUCCCCUCCUGUGUCCCAACAGAUCAUCACUUCUAUGAAGAUUAUCAUGGGGGAGGACGGUACCACUCGGGGUGUGGUUCGUCUGAGGCAGCUGUCAGAGAACACUACCUAUUUCAGGAGGAAACUCAGAGAGAUGGGCUUCAUCAUCUAUGGCAACGAUGACUCUCCUGUUGUACCCAUGAUGCUCUACAUGCCCGCCAAGAUCGGGGCGUUCGGUAGGGAGAUGUUGAAGAGGAACAUUGGGACGGUGGUGGUUGGCUUUCCGGCCACGCCCAUCAUAGAGUCCAGGGCCAGGUUCUGUGUGUCUGCUGCCCACACCAGAGAUAUUUUGGACACGGCGUUGGAGGCCAUCAGUGAGGUAGGAGAUAUAUUACAGCUGAAGUAUUCUAGACACCAGAGACGUCCUCAUCUCCCCUCUUCCCUGGGUUCAUGGUCCUCUGAGGAGAGUCUGCUCCAGGAGCCCAGCCACGUCAAGCCUUCUGUCAUGUAACUAACUGAAAUUGCCUACACUGGUGUAGGGUCAAGUUGCCUCUAGAUGCUGAUCUUUUGUCAGUUUAGAAUUUCCCCCCACUAAUAGUUAAUGUUAGGAUUGGGGGAUGGAAAGCUGAUCCUAGAUCUGUACCUAAGUGAAACUUCACCAGGUCUGAACAGUCACCAUGUGCCCAGAGGGUUUUCUUAAUGCAUCUUAACUUAUUGUGACUUCAUUUUUUUGAGUUUGUACCUUAACGUUGAGUCUUAAAUAUGUCUUUGUGCAUUAUGGGGUCUUCCAAUGCAAUAAUAACAAGAUUACAUUCGCUUUGUAGUAAUUUAGAAGACUCUUAUCCAGGGCCACUUACUGGAGCACCUUGCUCAACGGCACAUUGACAGCUCAGGGAUUCAAACCAGCUACCUUUUAGCUUACAGGCCCAACACUUUAAACCAAUAGGCUUCCUGCUGCGUUUCUUAAAUGUAUUUUCAGCUUUUAAGGUUUUAAUAUUAAAAUAUACAGUACCACUUGUUUGGUUACACCAAUGGUUGGUUACUGGCAGGAGUUAUAUAACAGACAAAGUAAAUAAAUAAUAUAUAUCAUUCCUUACGUUAGUAGAACACUGUUGAUAUGGGUAAAAUACCCCAUCCCCACCUAAAUAUAGGCCUUUAUAUCGCAUGGGGUACAUCAAGUCUCAACUUUUUAUUUAACUUAAACCUUUCCACUCUAAUCAGUGUUUUAUACUUGAAUAUUGUCAUUGGGUCCUUUCUCUAACCAAAUAUAUGUAUUGUACAUUAUCUACUGUUUAUACUGUAAAUGAACAUGUGAACAUCUUCUUUGACUUAACAUCGUAGCUAGUCACCAAUCACAGAGCUGCUUUCCAUGAGUAGUCCUCUGUAAUCUACGUAUCACACCUGGCUCAUGUUCAUUAGGGCACGUCUCUGCCAAAACAAGCAUUUCUUAUUGGACAAGCCCUGGUAGUCCCUCCCAGUUUCAGUUAGUUUUGUUCCAUUUUGUGCCUAAUGAACACGACUUUGUUCCAAAAAGAUCCGUUGCGAUAUUUAGAAUAGUAGGGAGGGGGGGGGGAUCCCUUUGAAGAGCCGACCAUGUUGUGAAUGUUCUAUUUUCUAUCAUCUUUUUCAGCCUUUUUUAAUAUUUAGUGUUCUUUACACCUGUGCUGGAAUAACUUGAACUCAUAUGUCUUAAACAUUUUGAACAGAGUCUCUUUAACGUAUCCAUGAAUGAAGAUUCUCUAAUACUGCUGUAGGAUAAAUAAGAGCCAGGUCGUGUUGUGUGUUUCUUAGGACCGGCUCCCUGGAAUAGAAAAUGCAUAUAUUUCAAUGGAGAUUCUUGCCUUCAUCUGUGUGCGUGAAACUGCCCGUUACUGAAGACACAUGUCAUGUGAAUAUCUAACUGUAUAUCUGAACCUAAGUGCUUAUUCUAUUAUUAAACAACCCAGCGCUGAUGUCUUCUUCCGGAACAAUGACACGCUGGGUGUAAUGUAACCACAGUGUCUAUCUGUACGUAUGACCAUGCUGCAUCCUAACCGUCGCUUCUCUGAUGUACAGAUCAUAUGAUCAGAUAUGUCCUUAUUUGGAAACCCCUUCCUAUGGAUACCCUCUUUAUAAGGUAUUAUAAGUGCAUCCAUAAUGCCUUAUGAGCUAUGUAUAUUGCAUUAUAAUGCCUUAUGAGCUAUGUAUAUUGCAUUAUAAUGCCUUAUGAGCUAUGUAUAUUGCAUUAUAAUGCCUUAUGAGCUAUGUAUAUUGCAUUAUAAUGCCUUAUGAGCUAUGUAUAUUGCAUUAUAAUGCCUUAUGAGCUAUGUAUACUGCCUUAUGAGCUAUGUAUAUUGCAUUAUACUGCCUUAUGAGCUAUGUAUAUUGCAUUAUAAUGCCUUAUGAGCUAUGUAUGUUGCAUUAUAAUGCCUUAUGAGCUAUGUAUAUUGCAUUAUAAUGCCUUAUGAGCUAUGUAUAUUGCAUUAUAAUGCCUUAUGAGCUAUGUAUGUUGCAUUAUAAUGCCUUAUGAGCUAUGUAUAUUGCAUUAUAAUGCACAAAAUAGGUUUAAUACAGGACGUUUUUCUAUUUAAUGCAAAUUCCCUAUAGUAUUUCAAUCUGCCUUGUUUUGGGGAAGAUGUUUCUAAUAUAGUAUCUCUGACAUGUCUUCAGUGCUAGUACUACUGAUGGGCAUUGGAAAUGCAAAGAUGAUGUAGCCUUACUGAAACGACGGGCUUUACGGCUGGCUAACGACGGGCUUUACGGCUGGCUAGCGACGGGCUUUACGGCUGGCUAGCGACGGGCUUUACGGCUGGCUAGCGACGGGCUUUACGGCUGGCUAGCGACGGGCUUUACGGCUGGCUAGCGACGGGCUUUACGGCUGGCUAGCGACGGGCUUUACGGCUGGCUAGCGACGGGCUUUACGGCUGGCUAGCGACUGCUUGGUUUAAAGGAAGCGUCUUCUUACCGCCGACUGUCUCGAUGAUUCUUCUUAUCUGACAUUCCAGAAUUAGCUGAUUUUGUUUUGACUGGCUUGUAUUUGUUUAUUUUGUGUAAAUUAUAUAUUUGAUUUUCAAUGGGACAACCUAUGGGUCAUUUCAAGUGUAAUAUUGUGAUAAGUCAAAUAUCCGGUUUGUAGUUGAGGUGUGUGAGUGUAGAAAUGUAUUGAACAGAACUGAGGCUAGCACUGUGAUCAUUCCACCACUACAAGCUCCUGACAUUUUAAAAUGUCUAGAAUUUGUUUAACAGUAAAACUGAAACCUUGUUGAUUCUGCAUUGUAUUUAGUUCAAGCUGGGUGGGCCCAUGUAGUUAGUCUCUCUUGGUCCCGAAUGGCACUCUUUUUCCUAUAGUGUACUACUUUUAACCACAGCCUUAGUCAAAAGUAGUGCACUAUAUAGGCAAUGGGGCACAAUUUGGGAUGCCUACUCCGUAUCCUGUUCCCAUCUCUAUUGAGACAGGAUGUGAUUGCUGAUAUCCAGCAACAUGAUCUCAGGAAGGUUUUUAUUUUAUUUCUACGAAGCAAAUAACAUUUUGCUUCAUAUGUCAUUAAUCACUGGCCCAUUUUUUUUUUAAGUAAAUGUGUUUUUAAAAUGAAAAGAUUAAAAAGUUAUUUGAUGUAAAAUGACAUUUUUUAACCAGCAAUGGGAGAGAUUUGUGAACUGACCUACUAUGUACGCGGCUGUAUAAAUCCUGUAUGUUAUCAGUAGGCUUUUACCCUUGGCAAGUUCAAUGUUUGGAGAUAGUUAGGGUUGAAAGAUAAACCAUUUGAGGUUUUUGAAGCAAUGGUGUGUGUUAAACCGUGCUGUUGGAAACGGUGCCGAGAUUAAAUCUGUCUUUGUUUGUAUCAAGCUCUAGGUUAGCUUUGUCUUUUGGCAAAGGUCUAUAUACAUACGCACGAUGUGUAAUGUCAUCUAUCGGAAAGUCUUUACAGAAUGAAUACCAUUAAAUGACUUACAACCUGUUUGUAUCUUAAAGAA